AUUCUCAUUACAGUUCCGGUUGCUGUGAGGUGUGGAUCUGUUUUGUCAGUAAUUCUUAUACUAUGGUGGUGCCUGAGCCGCCGCGGUGUUGCGGCUAUUUCAGUGUUCGCUCCGUGGUGUUGGGAGUGGCAGUGUAUUAUGUGUUUGUCAGCUUGCAGUCCCUGGUGUGGCAGACGGUGGCAGUGAUUAAAUGCAACGGGGACUGCCCGGGCCCAUUGAGCUCCCCUGGCCCUGUGGCUGUGAUGUAUUCUCUGGGUUUCGUUUUGCUGUUGCUCAGUUUAUGUCUCCUGUUUGGAGUCCUACGCAGACGUCCCGGUCUACUUCUGCCCUUCCUAGCCUUCCAGAUUAUUGACUUUUUGGGAUCGCUGCUCAUCUUUUGCGGCCUGUUUGUGCGUUUCCCAUCAGAACUACGCGUAGUUGGAUUAUCUGGCACACGUCCAUACCUUCCUGGCCUGGAUGAGCAGAGCAAGACGGCACCCGGCGGGUCGCUUCUGUUUAUUGUUCUAAUUAUGCUACUGCUCCUGUUGAAGAUCUACCUUAUCCGCUGUGUACUUACAUACUACCGUUUCCUGCUCAACAGAGUGGCCCCGCCGCAGGGAGUAGAUGAUGCUUUGGCCCUGAUUGUGGUCCCUGGGCCGGAGAAGAGCCCUUUGGUUCUACCAUCCUAUGAGGAGGCCAUUAAUAUGCCCACCAAGGACAGCCCUCCCCCGCCCUACACACAAGAGCCUGUCCCGGAAGCUGGCAAGGAAGCCGAAUAAGUGCAGAGUCUUCGUGGAAGUUGAUGUUGAGGAGUGUGCUUCAUGGAUACGACUUGCGUAAUCUACAGUUUUGUCUGUUAAACUUUUGGCUGCUGGAGGGGGUAUUACUCAAACAGCCAGGAGAUUUAAUAAACCACAGGACUGGGUGCACCUUUACCAACAGCUAACAUGUCUAUUUAAAAAUUAUACAUUUAGUAUUGCAGAUUGGCACCUUCAAUUCUUAAAAAAAUACUAUAUCUCCAUAUAGAAUUCCAUCAUAAAGAUUAUCUUCCAGUAAUUUCUCAGUCCUGUUAUAGCAGAGAAAUGCAUCAGGUCUGUGCCAGUGCAACACACGGAUUUGCCUGCUGUCAUUGAGCUUUGCUGCUUUUGCUUAUUUGAAAGAGUUAACUUGGGUGAAGAACUUACUUUACUCCAUAGUAAUGUAUUUCAGUCUUUUUUGUUAGUCAAGGGAUUAAAUGAAUAUUUAGAUUAAAUACUAUCCAUUGAUUAUAUUGUAUUGAUUUUUGUAUGUAUUAUUGUGGUCUGUUUGCAGUUAUUUAGCAGUUUCACUUUAAAGGGUUUGGAGCUAAUCACCUACAACUUUGUAAUCUUGAGUUGUAUAUCAUGAAAUUAUUGAUAAAGAGUUUCCAUUUCAAGAAAGUUUUUAAGUCUGGGUUAUUUUUAUUGACCACCUCACAUUUAGAUGGGACAUAAAACUCAAACUUUCAUACUUCAGAAAGAGCAUGCAAUGUUAAGAGACAUUUUGCAUUACUUUAGUUUAAGAAACAUGACUUGGUACUCUUAGUAUCCUUUGUUGAAAAUCAAACAUAAGUGUGCUCAGGAGCAGCAAUGCACAACUAGGAGCUAGCUGGUGAUUGGUGGCUGCAUACAAGUGUCUUCUGUAUUUGGCUCACUCUGUGUAUUCAGCUAUGUCCUAGUAGUACAUUGGUGCUCUGGAUCUGACUUUAACAAUGUGUUUAAUCUCUUUUCAGGAGUUAAUUACCUAGUUAUAUGCAAGUGACUUCACAAUAAUAAAUGAUCUAAUAAUAGAACACUUUUUGCUUUUCUAUGUCUCUUAGUCAACCAUUUUAAUACACAAAUUAACCCGUCCUGAUAUAUUUAAUUCUAGGAGCAAAAUAUUUUUUAUGUUACGAAUAUGCCAUGUAAGUCAUUUACGUACUAUUGGGAAAUCAUCCACUGCUUUGGCAAGAAUUUAUUCUUGAUUAGCUAAACUGGUUCAUGUUAUGGCAAUUUGAAAAGAUAUAUAUAUAUAUAUAUAUAUAUAUAUAUAUAUAUAUAUAUAUAUAUAUAUAUAUAUAUAUAUAUAUAUAUAUAUAUAUACACACACACCCUCUCAUGGUGAACAUUGCAAUGCUCAUUUGGUCCACCCUUUAAAUCUUCCAGUCUGUAAGAUGUGUAUAUCUGCAUUUGUGUAGUGCUUUCUCAUGUUUGUGGAAGACACUGUAAAGCAGAAUAGUAUUUAAAAAUAUGCACCAGUGGAUGUGUGUUUUCCCCCCAUAUGUUUCUUGUACCAAUGAAUGUUCUAGUAUUGAUGCAUGGUAUUGACCACUUUUGAAACUAAUUACCAACAAACUGCCAAUCAUAUCUACCAUAUACCAACAGUAGACUGUCUACUGCAGCUUAAGUGCCUUGAUGCCAGAACCCAGUGCUAAGACUCAGACGUUCACACCUCAGCAUUACUUUCUAUAAUAGCUAAAAGGAAGAAGAAAUUGGAGAUUUUUAAGGGGAAAAACAACUUUGAUUUAGGGGUAUUGCUUUUCUUAUGUAAAUUGUAUGGCUGAAAUAACAUGCAUUUUCAGUUUUGCUUUUAGAUUAACUUUAUGAAAUAAUCUUUCACUGAAACUUUUUUUUUUGACUGGAUCAAUUAUUGUUAAUGUUCUGUAAUCUUUUUUUUAAUAUGUAGAUGUUUGUACUCCAUAAUUGCUUCAAACCAAAGAUUCCCCAACUUUACCUAGCAGUAUAUAGAACAAUAAAACUAUUUUCUCUUUU